GUGGGGGGCGGGAAGCCCUUCGGAGCAGUGGAGCGGAUGUCGGCCCUCAGGCGUUCGGGCUACGGCCCCAGUGACGGUCCGUCUUAUGGCCGCUACUACGGGCCUGGGGGUGGAGAUGUGCCCGUGCACCCACCUCCACCUUUAUACCCUCCUCGUCCUGAACUUCCCCAGCCUCCCGUUUCCUGGCGGGUGCGCGGGGGCGGCCCGCCUGAGACCACCUGGCCGGGAGAAGGUGGAGGAGGUGAUGGCUACUACCCUUCUGGAGGCACCUGGACGGAGCCGGGUCGAGCUGGAGGAAACCACCAGGAGCAGCCACCAUAUCCUAGCUACAGUUCUAACUACUGGAAUUCUCCUGCUCGACCUAGGACUCCUUACCCAAGUACAUAUCCUGUAAGACCAGAAAUGCAAGGCCAGAGUUUGAAUUCUUACACAAAUGGUUCAUAUGGCCCACCAUACCCCACUGGCCCUGGGGCAAAUACUGCUUCAUACUCUGGGGCUUAUUACACACCCGGAUAUUCUCAGACCAAUUACUCCACAGAGGUUCCAAGCACCUACCGUUCACCUGGCAACAGCCCAACCCCAGUCUCUCGUUGGAUGUAUCCCCAGCAGGACUGCCAGGCUGAAGCACCUCCUCUUAGGGGGCAGGUUCCAGGAUAUUCUGCUUCACAGAACCCUGGAAUGACCCUGCCCCACUAUCCUUAUGGGGAUGGUAAUCGUAGUGUUCCACAACCAGGACCAUCUAUACGACCACAAGAGGACUCAUGGGCUCCUCCUGGUGCUUAUGGAAUGGGAACCCGUUACCCCUGGCCUUCAGCUGCACCCUCGGCACCACCUGGGAAUCUCUACAUGAGUGAAAAUACUUCAUCAUGGCCUAGCAGUGGCUCUCCUCAGCCACCUCCUUCACCACCACCCCAGCAGCCAAAGGAUUCCUCAUACCCCUAUAGCCAAUCAGAUCAAGGCGUGAACCAGCACAACUUCCCUUGCAAUGUCCAUCAGUACGAGUCCUCGGGAACAAUGAACAGUGAUAAUUCAGACCUUUUGGAUUCCCAAGUCCAGUAUAGUGCUGAGCCUCAGCUGUAUGGUAAUGCCACCAACGAACAACCCAGCAAUCAAGAGCAAAGUAAUAAUCUUCCUGAAGAGUGUUUACCUUCAGACGAAGGUACUCCCCCAAGUAUUAAAAAAAUCAUACACGUGCUGGAGAAGGUCCAGUACCUUGAGCAAGAAGUAGAAGAGUUCGUAGGAAAAAAGACAGACAAAGCAUACUGGCUUCUGGAAGAGAUGCUAACCAAGGAACUUUUGGAACUCGAUUCAGUUGAAACCGGGGGCCAGGACUCUGUCCGACAGGCCAGGAAGGAGGCCGUUUGUAAAAUCCAGGCCAUACUGGAAAAAUUGGAAAAAAAAGGAUUAUGAAAGGAUUUAGAACAAAGGGGAAGCCUGUUACUAACAACUGAAACUCUUGAUUUUGGGGAAGUACCCUCUUGAAAUGCCCAUUGAUGAGAAGAAGCAAUGCAUUCCAACUUUCCUUUGAUUUAAAACUUGAAAAACUGGUAAAGGAUUUGGCAAAACAUUUUUGUUAUGAGUUGUUUUCAGUUUUCAGACCAAUGAAUGUAAUAGGAAACUAUGGAGUUAUCAAUAUUGCCAAGUAGACUCACUCCCUAAGAAAUUUAUGGAUAUCUUUAAGCUGCUUCUUAUCAGCAGGAGGGAAAUACAUUUUAUGGAACAGGCUUAUCAGAAACCUAACAGAUGAGACUGGAUAUAGUCUGAGACAAAUAGGCUCUGUUUUUUAAAACAUCUAGAUUGUCACAUUUUUGUACAUUUUGACUGCUUUCAACAUACACGUCGUGUAAUUACAGCUUGGACUUUAGCUUUGUUGGACCUCUGUUUUGUUUUGUUAUUUGCAGUUUACAAAUAUAGUAUUAUUCUCUACUUCUUGGUAUAUUUUGUAGUAAUAUGUUUAAUGUAAUUAUUCAAGAGACUAUAUUGACAGCCAGAUAGUAUGGCAUUUCUGAAUGAAUUUAUAUCUUUUCACCACUUGAAUAUAUUGCAAUGUAUAGUGAGUUCCUGAGGUAAAUUGUCUCCUUUUUUUGUAUAGAUCAUUAGGCUAGAGUUUUACUACUUCUACUUUUCAUGUUAAUAGCGGAAGGCAAUUUGAAAAUAACAUGAGCAUAGGAAUGCAAAUGUUUGGGGCCAUUUUUCUUUUUUGCUCUUUUAUUGUAUUUACUAAAUACAGUACAGUAAAUACAGUAAAUACAAUAAAGUAAAUAUACUGUAAAGUAAAUAAAGAUUUACUUUAAAAUUUCCUUUCCCCCCCUUAAUUAUCUUUUCACCAGUGCUGCUUUUAUAUGGAGCACAUGGAGCACAGAUAACAGAUGAAAAAUUAAAUGGCACAGUGGGUAGAAAUAAUUAACUGUAAAAGCUAAUGAAUAUGACUACUUGGAAAUGUUGUUUUCCAUCUAAAAUAUUGGUUUCACCAAGAGCCCUACAAGUAGAUUUCAGCUCAGUUUGUAGUAAAAAACAAUGAGGGUAAAAGAAAGUUCAUGCUCAGGGAAUGAAUCAGCCAUAGCUAGAGUGGGCAAUUAUUUUUUCUUUUAAAGGUAGAUUUGAUGUUUAUCUUUAUUUCCCUUGAGUAAAUUGCAUAGGAAAUAUUACCUAUUUUAUAAAAAGAUGUUUAUUACCAUUAGUAAUAAUCAUCUGAGAGCCAAAUUUAAGGAAGGGAUAUUGAAAGGGCCUUAGCUGGGCUUGCUUGGGUAGCUCUGUGCUAUCUCUAUGCUAUUGUAUAGAAGAGACUUAGGUAAAUAAUUUAGUUUUUACACCUAAAGUGAUGCCUAGUGUACACUGUCUGUUAUUUGAAAAACAGCGAUUUCUUAAUAAGAUACCCAAAUGAUAAUGUUUCUUUUCUAGGCUGCCAGGCCUAUUAGUGAUAAUAAUCUAUCAGCCAUCUCCUCUCCUUACUUAAAAAAAAAUAAUAAAAAACCAAUACAAACAUAAUUGGUUAUGAGAAGAAGUGGAGUUAAAAUAAUGGCUGGGUCUUAUGGUUAGGAUGAGUGAUUUUAUGAGAUUAUGUGAUAAUUUUAUUCCAGGGUUUUUAUUUUUGGCUUCUUAUAGGAAUGUUAAACAAAGGCUUUUCUAUGAAAAUUAGAAAACUGUACUUGAAACAAAAUUUAGAAGGGGAGAACCUUAAAUAGCAAAGUUAACAUAAAGCAAUGAGACAAUGACUAAUUCAGGAGAGAAAACUGCUAUUUGAGUGCCCAAGAUACUAAUUUUCAUUGUCUUGAUAUGUAUAUAUUAUGCACAUAUAUACAUAUGUAUAUGGUUUUUAAAGUUAUUUAAAACUUUUUUUCAGUUAAUUUUAGGCCUUUUGAAGAGUUGUAAAAAUAGUUUCUGUAUACUCUUCACACAACUUGCCCUUCUGUUAACAUCUUACAUAACUAUAGACCAUUUGUCAAAGUAAGAAAUUAGCCUUGAAACAAUACUAUUAACUAAAAUAGAGAGUUUAAAAAGUAGAGAUUUUCUUAGCCUUCUCACUAAUGUCUUUUUUACUUACUGUUACAGGAUCCAAUUCAGAAUCGCAUCUUGCAUUUAGUUGUCAUGUGUCUGUAGUGUCUUCCAAUCUGUGACAGUAGACUAUGACACCUGAUGUUGUAAUGUAUUUCUGGUGUUGUUAACCUUAAUCACUACCUAAGGUAGUGUCCGCUAGGAUUCUGUACUGAAAAAUACUGUUUCCUUUGUGAUGACUAAAUAUUAGCUGGGGAUACUUUUGAGACUAUGCAAAUGCCCUGUUUCUGCUUAAGCCUUUGCCUGCUCAUUUUCUUAUCCAUGGGCAAAUCUUGCUUGUGUGUCAGUUACUACUGUGGUGUUUUAACGAUGAUUUUCUAUUUCUCUUAUUCUACAUUCAUUAAUUGAAAUUCUUAUGUAAGGAAGGGUUAUUGCUCCUGGGUUUAUAUUUUUUAAUUAUAAUAAGAUAUUCAGGGAAGUACAAACUUAGAACUUAAAGGUGUAAACUAUAUUCAGCUGAUUCCAAAUACCAAUGUCAAAGAAAGGAAAACUAAAUUGGUAACCUGUUUCAGAAAGUAUACUGAACAUAUGAAGGAAAGUAGUAUUUAUGAUUUGUGGAUAUGGUUCCGUUUUUGACUUAGUAUUGAAUCCAGACUAAAUUCAAAAUUUUCUUGAAAUUCCACAUGGACUUUAAGUGUCUAAAUUUAUAUUACUUUGGGGAUAAUUUUUGUCAGAAUCUUGAAUAAAGGUACCCAUACCUGGCAUGUAAAACACAACUAUGUCUUUUUUAUAAUAAGCUACUAUUCUGUCAUACAUAAACAACAAUAUGAAUAUUUAGACAAAUAAACCCUAAUGAAAUAUCUGGGGGAUGGGUUAUGAUUGUCUCUACAUUUUUGGUGUGGACUUG